UCCAUACUAAACUUUAACUUCAACUUAGCCGGUUUUGUAACUUUGUGUAAAACGUUCCGUGUUAAUUAGUUGGAAAUCUUGGAAUAAGAGUAUAACUCUGAGGAAAUAAUGGAAGAAGAACGUAGCAAGAAAAAAGCAGAAUCCGAAACCAACAAAACUUCUGAACUUGAAAAAUAUUGGCAAGUUGUAAAAGAUAAUCCAUCUGAUUUUGGUGGAUGGACAUAUUUGUUGCAUUAUGUGGAACAAGAGAAUAAUAUUGAAGCGGCAAGGAAGGCAUUUAAUACAUUUUUCAAACAUUAUCCAUAUUGUUAUGGAUACUGGAAAAAAUUUGCUGACAUGGAAAAAAAUUUAAACAAUUUCGAAGCUGCCGAGAAAAUCUUUGAAGAGGGUACUAAAGCAAUACCACUCAGUGUAGACUUAUGGAUACAUUAUAUUAAUUUUUAUAAAAGUCAGCAAAGUGAUUCAGAAGAUGCUUAUGAAAAAAUAAAAGCGUUAUUUAAAAGAGCUCUAGCGGCAGCUGGGAGAGAAUUCCGUUCUGACAGGUUGUGGGACUUGUAUGUAAAUUGGGAGGAAGAGAACAAAAAUUUAAAAGAAGUCACUGCAGCUUAUGAUGAACUUUUAACUAUUCCUACACAGCUAUACAGUCACCAUUUUGAGAAGUUUCGAAAACAUGUGAAAAAAAAUCACCCAAGGGAAAUUCUAUCCACUGAUGAAUUCUUAGAAUUGUGGCAAAAUGUUGUUAAUACUCUUAAACAUGAUGUUGUAUUGGAUGAAGAUGAUGAUGAUGAUAAGCUUACAGACAAGAAUUCAGAUGCCUCUCCUCCUGGAAUGGAAACAGAUGAUGCACCUCCUGGUUUGGAGCCUGAUGGCACUAAUAUUGAAAAAAAUAUGAUGACUACUGAAGAAAUUGAACUGAUGAAGAAAAAAAUAGUAGAGAAGAGAAAAAUCUUACAUGAGAAAAAUGAAAUAGAAGUGGGAAAACGCUGGUCUUUUGAAGAGGCGAUCAAGAGGCCUUAUUUUCAUGUGAAAACGUUAGAGAGAGCUCAACUGAAAAAUUGGAAAGAUUAUUUAGAUUAUGAAAUAGAAAAUGGAAGUCAUGAAAGCACAGUUAUACUGUUUGAGAGAUGUAUGAUAGCUUGUGCUUUAUAUGAAGACAUGUGGUUGAAGUAUGCUAAGUAUAUGGAAGAACGACAACCAGAAGGUGCAAGUGAGGUCUAUGAGAGAGCAUGUAAAAUUCAUUUACCAAGAAAGCCUAGUAUUCAUUUUUCUUGGGCAGCAUUUGAAGAGAAGAGAGGCAAUAUUGAUAAAGCUGCUCAAAUAUUAGAUGAAUUAGGUGAAUCAAUAAAGGAUAUGCUGGAAAUAACUAUAAGAAAAAUUAAUUUGGAAAGGCGGCGGGGCAACACUGAUAAAGUAGAUGAGUUGUAUUUAAAAUGCAUUGCUGAUGCAAAAACUGCUCAGAUGUCCUCUCAUUUUGCUACUAAAUAUGCAAGAUAUUUGUACAAGGUUAGGCGUGAUUUUGUGAAAGCAAAUGAGAUCUUGACAAAUGCUUUGAAAAAUGAUCCAAGUAAUCCAUAUAUCUUAUUGCAACUUAUUGAUGUGGGCUUUCAACAAGAUCCAAUGGACCAGUCUGCUAUACUUGAAGCUUUUGAUAUGGCUUUAUCUAGUGAUAUGAAUAACGAUCAAAAAUUGCUUUUCUCCCAAAGGAAAUUGGAAUUCCUUGAAGAUUUCUCAUCAGAUCCUCAAAGAAUUCAAGAGGCCUAUGAAGAAUAUGCAAAAAUGUACAAAUCCCAUUUUUCUUCCAGAAAAAGAUCUGCAGAAGAUGGAGAGGACGGUAAGGAGAAGAAAUCGAAAACAGAAGUAAAUGGCUCUGCUGUCGCAGCAACGACAGCUGGUACUACUGCUAGUGUGGUUGCUGCAGAUGCUGCUUCAUAUCAAUAUCCUCAUUCUGCAUGGGCAAAUUAUGCCCAGAAUUCGUACAAUUAUCAACAAGCAUGGACGCCUUAUGCUGCAACAAAUUAUUAUUCUUCUCAUUAAUACAAAUGGAUUGCCUGUUUAGAAACAUUACAUGAAUUGCAUUAUAAAUAAAUUCAUACAUCACUGAAUUUUACUUCUUUUAAAGCAAUUUGUAAAAUUUAUUUUUUACAAACUACAUAUUGUUAAUUCAGUUAGAAUAUCAUUUUGUUCGCUAACUUGUAAUAUAGGACCUUGAAAUAAAUAAUGUAGGUUGUUUCUGAUAAAAAAAUUUAUAUAUAUGUAUCAUUCUUUUGUUUACACAACCUGAAUUUUCUUUACUUGUAACCAUACAAGUUAAACAUAAAAUUUAGUUUGUAUUUUAUUGGAAGUGUUUCAAUUUUUGUAAUGUGGUACUUUUAAAAAUUAAAUGUUCUUUUGUUAUAAAGUAAGGUUUCAUUUAUGAUUAAAUGCUCUUAAUACCUCAAUAAUUGGUUGUGAAAGUUUAUCAUCAGUCACAUAAAGCUAUGAUAGUCCCAAAGAAAUUGCAACUAUCAUCUCUUCUUAAAUUGUCAUUUUAAACAAUAGCACUUUUGGUGAAAUAAAGGUUUUUAUAUUUUCA